UAUUGUCAAAAGAUGUUCAGUAAUUACCAUUACUCUCUGCCAUGGGGAGAACAGCCAAUGAACUUGAAUUCUAAGAAGAAACCUUUUGUGACAGCUCCUUUAGGCAUGAAUAAUCACUAGCUACUGAUGAAGGAGAAAGCAACUUCCCUGGAGCCUAAAGACCUGCACUUGCAGCCCCUGGUUUCUUUUCUCCCCAACAAGAAACUUCUGAGUCAGAAUGAACAAGCACUUCUUGUUUCUUUUCUCCCUCUUCUGCGUCAUUGUGGCAGCAGCAUCGCUGAAAUGUAUAACAUGCCAACUUCACAUGGUGGGAGAACGCUGUAGAAGAGGCUUUGGCACCUGUAUUGCUCAGAAGGAUGAGACAUGCAUGAAUCUAAAGAUCUUCCGGAAUAAUGUUCUCCAAUUAUCAUAUAUGGUGUGUCAGAAGUUCUGCAAAAAUGGGAGGUAUAAGAUCAACGAUCGCCUUUAUUAUUACAGAUGUUGCAGCUCCAAUUAUUGUAACAAGGAAGUCUAAGAUAUUUGUCUCCUUCAGGUGUCACUCAGGAAUGUUACUGAUGUUUCUCACCCUUCACUCUCUGUCCACCUGGACUCUCCUGCCUUGUCUGUCCUGCCAGUACUGCAGCCGUCUCCUAAACCCAUGUCACCUUUCCUGGUGCCUCUGGCUCACUCUCCCUAUACCUCUUUGGUCAGGGGAUAACUGCUGUGAACAAUGGAAUCUUCUCAUGACAGGAGUUGGCAUUUCUAUACUCCAAGUGGACCUUACAGUAAGAUUUAAAACAGGACUCUUGCAGCACCUUUUGGUGCUCACCUUAGAGAACUGAGGUAGACAGAAAGCUUUCAGCUAAAAGUUCACAAAUAUCUAAUACCUAUAUAUCACUACAGUGAUUAAGCAGAAAUAGCAAGAAAGGUGGUGGUGGAUACUGAAGGUUUUGCUUUAGGACAAAAAGUGAUUUCUCUCAGCAGGCAGUGCACAUUUCAGAUUCAGUUCUUUGAUUUUUGUGGCAUAUGCACUAAGUGCAUUCUCACAUUUGUAGCACACAGCAAACAGGAAUAUCCCAAUUUCUGUGGCAUUCUCAGCCCAAACACCGACACUAAUAUUUCUGUCAAGAUGUAUGCUUACAGGACAUCAAAAGUCUCCUUUCUUCCCCUUCCUUCCUGAACCUUUCUUUAUUACUUUCCUUCUUUGCCAUCCAUCUCUCCUACCACCUAUUAAUUCCCUAUUGCUACACAAACUCUCCUUCUAAAGACGCAGUAUGCUUUAAAGCUUUGUUCAAGUUCUUAGGGUUCUCUAGAGGAACACAGUCUACCACCUAUCUAUCGAUG